AUGACGCAGGUUUGCAUAAAGAAUUUGAUGCGCACCGAUCGCCCCUUAACCUGGCUUCCGAAACCGAUUUGCGAUGGGUGUUCGCUUCCCUUCACCAGCAAUUCCGGCGCACAGAAAGAUAGGUUGCCGUUGCUACUAUCCUGCAGACACCUUCUUUGCGGUCCAUGUGUUGGCAAACAGGCCCAGAGCGAGAGCAUCCAGUGCGAUCGUUGCAAAAAGGAAGUAACAGUGCGAAACAGGUACGGCAAUGUACUGAUGGCACUUCAUCCCAGCUUCUAUAUGCUGGGCCGGAUGACUCGCAUGCAACAGGAGUUGGAAGAUAUCGAGCGGUACUGCUUGGACCAGGAGCAGAAAGCACAGACGGAGAUUGAGAAUGAAACGCCGGCCGAUUUUGGCAUCGAACCCGUGCCGGACGAAAACCUACACUCACCGAAGCAGCUGAGAAAACUGCUGGAACGAGCGUUCGAUGCGCAAGAAAUAUCGACUUACGCAUUUAAAAAACGUGCCCAAUCGUAUCCGGAUAAUGUGGAUCAGGUGAUAAAAGAAAUCUCGGCCCAUUUUCUAACACUUCACAAUGCAUUGCAGCUAGAGGAAGAACGGGUACUGCAGCAGGUGCGUAAAGUGUACCUCGAGCAACGGCAGCACACUGAGCAGCAGCUGCAACAUUUGGCCGCUGCAAAGGAACGGUUGAAGAAAUUGCAUACACGUGCUAGACAGUUUAAGCGCGAAUCAGCACCGGAUGAUAAAUCGUGGCAGAAGCUUAGCGAGGAAGUGCAACGCUAUCUGGAGACGGAACCACUGAAACUGCCAACGAAUAACAGCUUCAUACCAUUGACGAGCUUUUACCCAAACAGUGACAAGUUGCUGAAAGACAUUAGCACAAGCUACCGGCUGACACUGGCGGACCACCGUACACGGCUUGUACCAUUUACGGCUACUCGGAAGAAGCAGAAAAAUUAUGCAAAAAUCGAAACCACUUCUGUUAAGAAAGAGGAAAUCCGUUCUGCUACACCGACACCGACAAGUUCACGCGUUACUGCAACAUCCGGACGGCUCCAUCAUCAAGAAUCUUCCGUUACACGGAAAGACCCGGAACUUUCAGAUACGUGCAUGUACAGCAGCGUAGGUCGCGACAUUAAACGGCGCGACAAAAAAUCGUCCAAAACGGGCCCAAAAUCGUACGGAUCGCGUGCAUCGUAUGAUACGGCAGGAAGGGAGAAAUUGAAGCAAUGCUUCAGCACGGUCACAAUUACGUGCAUUGUAAAUCCGUACGAAAUCUACGUCCAGGAUGAAUUGCAUGGUGCCGCGACCAAGACUCUGGUUGAGCUGUGUCAGGCCGAGGCGGAGGAAUACGAUGCGACACUGAAAACAGUCAAGAAAGAGCUGGACGUGGAAGUUGGUGGGCUUUAUCUUGUACAGCCCGAAUCGUCGGAUCGUUGGUACAGGGCACGGGUUCUGGAGGUAAUGGAAGGUAGCGAAACAACGGCGUCCAACCAGUUUGCAACCUACCGGAUACAGUACAUCGAUUUCGGUGGUAAAGAUACGGUCCUAUACGAACAACUACGCCCGGUUACGGACGAUCUGGCUAAGGUUGAUGGGAAAGCGAUCAAGUGCUCGCUGUACGGUAUUGUUCCACCAGAGUGUGUCCCAGAGAGUAGCGAAACUGGCUGGCCAGCUGAAUGUCACCAGUUGAUGACGGAUUUUGUGGACAAUCGUAAAAUGCUUAUGGUCGAGCUCGAUUGUAACACGUCCGACUGCCUAAUGGUAGACUUUUUCCUUCCGCCACUGCUCAACGUCGAACCGACAGCUAAUGAUACGAUGGAUGUAAUGUGCUGGGAAGGCUACUAUCCUCCAAUGUCGUUGCGUGAAACGCUCAUAUUUUUGCAGCAAUGUCUCGAGAAACGUCCGGAUUUUCUAAAGUGGGAAGCUAUUAAUCGUAUCCAGCUGUUAAAUGUCUGGUUAGCCAAUGCAAAGGAAGCGGCCGAGAAACGUUGUACUAUUCCUCGAGCGCCAGAGUUGAAGCAGCAUGAUCUGUUCGACGUUUACAUCACCUAUUCGCAAUCACCUAAUUGCUUGUACAUCAUGCCGCUGGAGUGGAAAAAGAGUCGUUUCGUCAAACUGCAGGAAGAGCUGGACGCACUGUGCCAGCAGCAGAUGAGCGUAUACAAAGUAUUCCCUCCCUACGUAGGCUUGGUAUGUGGAUUUGCGCUAGCUGUACAGGAUCAUGAUCGGGUUUGGUUGCGAGGUCGUGUGCUCAAGAUUCUGCCCGGGUUUUGCGAGAUAUUUGCACUCGAUACGGGCGAAACAAUGAUUGUCCGGUGUGAGGAUAUGUUCCUGUUUCCACCAGCGUGUGCGCCACUGUGCGAGUAUCCGCUCGCCAUUUGCUGCCGGCUGGAGUACGUGCAUCCGAAGACUGUUGGAGGAGAUGUCGCGCGCUAUUCUUCCUGGUCUACGGAAGCAAUCGAGGAGUUUAACAUGCUCAUGAAAAGCAAAACGCUUCCAUUCGCGGUGAAAGUGGUUUCACUGUGGAAGGAAACCGGCGUCUACAAUGUGUUGCUCUAUCUGCACAACAGAUCCAACCUGGACACGUGCAUCAACAAGAUGCUCGUAAAGCAGGGACAUGCCGAUUGUGUCCGCGGGAAGGAGACGGAAAUUGAGAAUCUCGUACACACGACGGACGUUGGAGGGGCCAGUUCAACGGCGAAAGGGAUUUUCUCGGUUUCUUCCAACAAAGUGGUUGAUCCACGUGUCCCGGUCGACGUGCUGCGAGUGGUCUCUCCGAGCGAGAUUUACGUGCGGUUAAGUUCGCGUAAGGGCGCUCUGGAUGGGCUGCAUCAAACGAUCCAACAGCACAUGGACGAAGCACUCGAUGGAGGGGAGGGUGGUGAGGAGAACGAUUCUCCGACUGGCUGGCAGAUCGGCAAUAUGUGUCUCGUCUUCACCUCACCAUCCGAUGGCGCUUUGAUCGAGUGGUACCGGGCCCGGAUUAUGAAAGUCCACGAGGAAAACGAGCUGUACGAAGCGUUCCUCAUCGAUUUGGCACUAAAUGUGCAGGUUCAUCGAACGAACGUGUCACGGAUGGUUCCUCGCAUUGCGCAACUACAACCUGGCGCCAUCCGUUGUCAACUGGCCUGCAUUGAGCCGGUGAAAAACUCCGACGGCUGGAGCAGAGUUGCAGUAGAUGCGUUGAUCGGUAUAAUCCAUUCAUACGAAACGCAUGCCAUCUCGUUGGACGUGAAGUGUCCCAAACCCACUGCGGAUGAUAAACCGCCCGAAGCCAAACAAUCGCUCUCCGUCGUGCUGUGGGGUUUGCGUGUGUCGGUACGACAGGCCCUUGCACCCCAGAAAACCGAGUACCGGAACAUUAACCAGCUGCUGGUGGUACGUGGAAUGGCGCACUUGUGCGGUACAUUUCGCGUCUUUGCCACCAAGGGUGACGCUGCGCGGGAGGAACUGCAAUCGAUCGAAAAAGCGGUGGAAAAGAUUAUUCUUUGCGAGUACGAAAAAUUGCAACAGUUUUUUCGCACAAUCGCCGCCGACUCUGCCGAAACGGAAGGAUUCGGAGCACGGGAGAACGGCAACCAAACGGCGAAAGUUGUGCCAACAACCAACGGCCUCAACACAGAAACGGCAAGGGUCGAAAUAGACAAUGCGUGCGCUUCCAUUCUUUCGCUGGCCAGGGAUAACGUUGAGACGAUCACCGAUUGGCCCGAGGGUGAUCCGAUCGAGAAGACGGUGUUCGUCGGCAUGCCGACACACAUCGGGAACGAUGGAACGAUAUUUUUGUACGACAUGUGUCGAGAACCGGUGUUGAAUCAUAUUCGUGACAAGAUCAACGAACACUUGCGGAACGCUGAUGUCCCGGACAAACCGGCUAUUUUCCAGCUCGGUGAACCUUGCCUCGCCAAGUAUCAUCUGGAUGAGAUGUACUACCGUGCCUCGAUCGUGUCCGUCAUCAAAAGAAACACGUAUCGAGUGCUGUUUGUCGAUUACGGCAACGAAGAAACGUGUCGGGGAGAAUACUUGCGCAAAGACAUUAUCUGCGGACGUGUGCCUGUUCAAACGAAUCGCUUUCGUCUGAGUAGAAUAGUUCCGAAGGAAAUGGGCAAAAACGAGAAGUCGUCGUGGCCCGAAAACGCACUCUUGGCCUGUCACGGACUGUGCGUACAGCAACUGUGUACUGUACGCGUUGACACAAUGAUCUGGUCGCCGGCCAUGCAGCAGCGUACACCCAUUCGGCUGCCUAUCCCGUGCAAAUUGUUUCAGCUCAAGGAUGCAAUCGAUGUACACUCAGCCUUGCUCCAGCUGGGAUUGUUUACGUAUUGCGUGGAGAAACAUGAAGAAUACGACAGCCACAACAGUGUGGUGGGUUCAUCCUCCCGGUGGUACGAACCGAUCGUAUAUCCAUCGACGAUUGCUGACUCGGGACAAACUCGUUUGCAACCGCUGAUCACACCCGAAGAGCAGGACAUGAUGCAAUUUAUGCAGGAUAUUGAGACGAAUAUUAGACUCGACCAAUGUGUGAAAGAUUUCGAAGAUCCUAACGAGAUACCUGACGAUACGGAAGACGCUAGCGCCUUUCUGAAUCGUGCCCAGCUGAUCAGUCAAGACGCCGAUGACGAAGAUAGCAACGACGAGCAGUACCAGCAGCUGCAGCACCAGCCGAGCGAGAAAAGCUUUUGUUCGCUUCCAUCGCCGGCGUCCUUUAUCUCAGGCGAGCUUGAAUCAUCCUCGCGUCUGUCCGAAGAACUGAACGAUGAGCUAAAUUCUGCCUCGAUCCGCUCGACGUGUGCUUUAAUGCCUGGUAGCCUCUUCGUGACACCGGUCGACUGGAACCAAACCAAAGGCUUUUUCGGCGAGUUUACCAACUUCAGCAGCGGUCUGACGCUGCACGUCUUCCCGCAUCUCGAGGGACAUACGCAACGGAUCGCAUGCAUGUCGGAAAGGAUACAGUACAUCGCCAGCACGCAAAAGAACUUGGAUCGCUGGCAAGCAACGCUGGUCGAGGUCGGUGCAGUCUGUCUCGCACCGUACCGUGCCGAUGGUCUGUAUUAUCGCGCUAUCAUCGAAGCGAUCUAUGACGAUACGAAGGAGGUGAGUGUCCUGUAUGUUGACUACCUGAAUCGGGACAAUGUGCCGAUCAGUGAGCUUCGCAAGUGUCCGCUCGCAUUGCGUGCCGUUCCGCUGCGUAAUGCGAAGGUGCGCCUGUGGGGAGUGCGACCGAAUCCACGCCUCCGGGAAGAUGAUAUUGGACGACGGAUGAUGGAGGUGUUGGUGCGCCCAUUCUACGUGCGCAUUGUAUCUAAAAAUCGGACGGAACCGGUUCAAACGUUUCAACCGGAGGUAGAGUUUUACACGGACUACGACUGUAACACGUUGGCAUACCAGAAGAUGAUCGAAGAGAAGUAUUUUUAUUCUACCAAAUCGUAG